UUGGUCCAAUAGUUUAAUGUUUUCCAUUCAGGCGGGUGUAAUGGAAACUGAAUUUUAAGCGGAGAACUUAGACAAGUCAACAUAUGGCCAAUCAACGAAAGAAAAUCAAUUUUUAUGUUGCCAUUAGUAACAGGGCGAGGUUUUAAAGGUCAAUAGAAUUAUUGUUAACAAACGAGCAAGGACCACCCAGCAAAUCAACUUAGUAAUCAUUGCCAACAUCUGCUAAAGUUUGACUUUACGAAACCUAAUCAGUAUCAGUCAUGGAACCCACCUCAGAUGUUUCCAGAGUUGUCAACGCUGCUACAGCCCCUGGCAAUGCCAAACGGCCUACGCAACAGGGCCGGAAGAAGUCUGGACCCAAGUUCGAGCUGUCUGAUGCGCAGAAAUCUGACAUCAAGGAGGCCUUUGAUCUAUUCGACAACGAAUGCACAGGUUAUAUUGAGUCCAAGGAGCUCAAGGUAGCCAUCAGAGCUUUGGGCUUUGAGCCGAAAAAGGAGGAGAUCAAGAGGAUGAUCGCCGAGAUCGAUAAAGAUUCCAGUGGUCGGAUUUCGUUUAAUGACUUCCAGCACCUGAUGACCACGAAAAUGGCUGAGAAGGAUACUAAGGAGGAGAUACUUAAAGCUUUUAGGCUUUUUGAUGACGACGACACCGGAAAAAUCUCCUUUAGAAAUUUGAAACGGGUAGCCCGUGAACUGGGCGAAACUCUGACAGACGAGGAAUUACGGGAGAUGAUCGACGAGGCCGACUUGGACAACGACGGGGAGGUCAACCAGGAAGAGUUUCUGCGAAUUAUGAAGAAGACUAGUUUGUAUUAAAAGCUACACUUUUGGCUGCCGUAAAAUGCUUUCUGCGUGUUCCCUGUCUACGUUAAAUUUGUAAAAUGUUUGCUUUUAGUAGAACGUUUUCUGAGUAGAGAACUCACAAAAUAACGCACUGUGGAAUAUACAUAUGAAGUAUGUGAGAUUAAAUAUAUAUGGUAAAACUUGAAGUACUUAGGAAGUUGUAACACGUCGCACCUAGACAAACGUACCUAAACAUUUAAAAUCGACUUAUUUUAACUGCAAAACCCGAUACUUUAAAAACGUCAUAUUUCGAUCAUCAUGCAAUUUUGCACCCUCCGUUCUAAGGCAUAUUCCCAGAAAACCAAAGUUUUUUUCUAUUGCCCAUUUUUUUUAUUUUUAAGUGGAACAAAUAUUUAUUUAAUAAAAAUAAAAUAAUGCUUAAGUUCAUCAUCAGUAAAGUUUGAUAUGUAACACAAUCUUCUAAUUGUUAAAAAUGUAAGGAAAAGAAAAUGAAUGAAAUAAAAAGUAUUAUUUUAAUGGCA